GGCAAUUUGAGAAGUUGUGGUGAGAAUUUCUAGGAUAUUUCUCAUCGUUGUUUUAGAAGUUAUCCUUGUCUGUUUUUCUGUAUUUUUGAGUUAUAUUCAUGGAAUCUGAUUUGGAAAGUGCUGUUGAGGAACUAAUGCAAGAAAGAGGGGUGGUUGGUGUGAUUUGCACCAACGAAGAAGGUCUAGCACUUGCUGUUGAUGGAUCAGCAUUGGAAGUACAUGCUGGUAUUGUGUCAGGUUUAGCACAAGAAGCAAGAAAAAUUUACCCUGAGAUCGACUCUUCACCUGUAGUAGUAUUAGAAUCUGAUACUUGCAAUCUUUUGAUCAGAUCUCAUGAAGGGACAACAACUGGAGUAUUGAAGGUUCCAUCAUAAUCAGCACAAUAAAUGAAUAGCUAGAUAAUUUAUCAAUAAAUAAUAAACGCUUAAUUCCAACUGUGUAAAUAGAAGUAAAAUAGUCAGUCAUUGAAAGAUUUUGAUGAUGUCUUUGAAAUGAAUGAUUCAGUCAUUGCUUGAAACAACUUUUAGGGUGUGCAGUAGCCAUACUACAGUAUAUAUAGUAUAUAACUAACAAACUAAAUCAACUAUAAACAUUUUUGAUGGGUCAUGGAAUUUAUGGAAAUCAUGGAAAUGUUUACACCGAGUGGAAACAC